AUGGCGUGGUCCAAAUCGACGCGCAUCAAAGUGAUGCUUGCACUUGACACCCUCUUCUUCCUCCUCGAAUUGGGUGUUGGCUUCGCUGUCCACUCGCUAGCGCUGAUGGCUGAUGCCUUUCAUAUGCUUAACGAUAUCAUCUCUUUGCUUGUGGGGCUAUGGGCGGUAUCGGUGGCGAGGAAAGCGACUACGGAUAAAUUCUCGUAUGGGUGGCUCCGGGCUGAAAUCCUCGGUGCCUUUUUCAACGCUGUUUUCCUGAUCGCCCUCUGCGUAUCUAUCGUCCUUGAAGCUCUCACACGAUUCCUCGACCCGCCGGAGAUUGGGAACGCACAGCUCAUCCUCAUAGUAGGCUGCUUGGGGCUGGCAUCCAACUUGGUCGGCUUUGUUGUUUUGGGGGGACAUGGGCAUUCGCAUGGGCCAGGAGAACAUAGUCACGAACACGAGCAUUCGCAUGCCCAUGGGGACGAGAGAGCUGCCGAGGAGGGUCGAGCUGGCCAGCCGGCGGACCAUGAGAUUGUGGGGGAUGAGGCUAGUCCCGACCUCUUCCCGGAGGCGGCUGUGGCCAGGUUCAGGGUUUCGACAGAAGGGUCGCCGAGGAAUAGCAGGACUGGAGAUCGACGCACGCGGGGAAGCAACCGGAACGGGCGGGUCACGAGCAUUGGCGACAUGAGCAUUCACCCCGCGAGUUUCCGACAAGAUAUCAUUGCCGCUUGCCGGCCCCAGCCGGAUGAUGCCUCGAGCAGUGAAGACGAAACCGCCGUGGUCGACGAGACGGAUCCCCGGGAGGACACACCCUUGCUCCAGAAGGCCGCGGGAGAGUCGCAGGCAAGCUACAGCACCUCGAAAUCACCUUUGAAACGGUCCCGCCGGGGUUCAGGAAUUCACCACUCGCACAACCACAACAAGCCUCGGGACGCGAGCAAGAAGCACGGCCACAGCCAUGCCGACAUGGGGAUGAACGCGAUGGUGCUGCAUGUGCUUGGCGACGCACUCGGCAACGUCGGCGUGAUCGUGACAGCGCUCAUCAUCUGGCUGACCGACUGGCCGGGGCGGUUCUACGCCGACCCCGCCGUCUCACUGCUCAUCACCCUCAUCAUCCUCCGCUCUUGCAUCCCCCUCACAAUCGCGGCGUCUAAAGUCCUCUUGCAAGCAACACCCGAACACAUCGACCUCAACGACGUGCGCGAGGACAUCCAGGCGCUCCCCGGCGUGAUCAGCUGUCACCACGUACACAUCUGGCAGCUAUCCGACACCCAGGUCGUCGCAUCCAUGCACAUUCAGAUCGCCUUCCCCAUCUCGGAGGCCAACGGCGAGAAGUACAUGGAACUAUCCAUGAUGGCACGCAAGUGCCUGCACGCCUACGGAAUCCACAGCGCCACCAUUCAGCCCGAGUACUGCCUCGACCCGGCGCAUGGCCACAGUCAUGACGACGGCGGUCUGCGCCUAGACGGGGCGUCAGCAGCGGCAGCCCCAGCAGCAGCGGGAUCGAGGUGUGGGAGCGUUGCGGGCGGUGAUGCGUGCUUACUAGCUUGUGUAGACGACUGUGUGGGGCAGGGGUGCUGCUUGCCGAGCACGUCUUCGCGGCCGGAGAGUAGCCACUCGGCGGAGGCACACGAUGGGCAUGGGCAUGGACAUGGACACGAGCAUUAA